AAAUACAAGAUUUAAAUAUUAAUUCAAAUAAAUGUUAUUUUUAUAUAUUGUUUAAUUUAAAAUAAUUUAAUAGAAAAAAAAAUUCAUUAAAAAUAGAAAACAAUUUAUAUUCAUGCUUCAAAAAAAAACAAUAAACGAGAAAGAGAAAAAAUAACAUCAUUACAGUGAAAUUAAACAAUGGAAAUAUAAAAUAUGAACAAUUAAAAUGCAAACAAACGCAUGAUAUAGAAAAUAAAAACAAAAUGAAUUAAAAAUAUUUUCAAAAUGAUAUUCUCAUUGAAUGAACUCGUUCAUUGGUUAGGAUUAACAAUUUUUGAAAUAUGGGUUAAUUUGGCAUCACUUUCAGUGUUUUUUAUUUUAUUGGCAUUUAAAUUAGACAAUGACUAUUUUUUAAAUCACAAAGAUUGGUGGAUUGUUUUUUCACCAUUAUUUGUUGCCGAUGGAUUAAAUACAUAUUUUUGUUGUAUUAUAUUUAUAAGAAUGCAUAUGGAAGGAAUGGUGAAGGAUGCUAUAUUAAGAGCACUUUGGAGUUUAAUUCUUUUACUUUUAAUUUUUAUAUUCAAAUAUUUUCUAUGCCAAAAAUUAUCGGGUCAAGCUUCAUUGGAAUAUUCGGAAGUUUUAAGUCCCGUUUUCUUUUUAUUACAACUUAUUGCCAUUAGAGCUUGUCAAUUACAUUAAAAUUAAAUUCAUUCAUUAAUUUUCUUUUGCAAAUUAAUAUUUAAUUGC